GCAGAAGCUAGUCAUAGUCGCGCAGAGCUGUGAAGAUGGCUUGUGAUGUGAGAUACAGUUUUCUAUUGAUCAGUAUCUGUUUAAGAAGCACCUCAUGGGCAGACACAAUGGUGCAAGUUACACCAUUAAUUGGAGCUGUUGGUAAUGAGGUCAUCAUCCAGUGCGCUACUGAUAAAACCCCUCAAGAUGGGGUAUACAUGUACAAACAAGAAGGAGCAAAUAAAAAUAAGCAGAAAGUCUUCUACUAUUACAAAGACGACAGUUUUACCCCUAAAUCAACGAUGUACAAAGCCAAAGUCCAUGUAGAUGGAAAAAUUCCCAACCUUAAUGCCAUCUUCUCAAAUGUGAAUGUCACAGACAUUGGGCUUUACUGGUGUGAAUUUAAUUUGGAAGACAAAAUUACGGUUGGCACAGUCACAUGGUUAUGGAUAGAGGAAAAAAAAGAAAACAAAAGAAAAGAAACAGAAGAUAAUAAAAAGUGCCCAGAAGAUCCUCGUGUGACGAUCAUUGUCAUUGUGUGUGCUGUCAUGUUGCUACUGUGCAUCAUUGGUUUCGUCUUUGUGAUUCUAAAGGUGAAGGGGUGUCGGGGGAACAAGAAAUACAGUCCAUCAAAUCAACCCUCAGACUCAGUUUAUGAAGAGAUGAAACGGAGCAAUUCGGACGGCCUGCCAAGUGUACGGACAUUCAUCAACCCUGACUAUCAAUCCACCAAGCCACUCCGCUAAAUAUAGAGUUUAAGUUGUAUAACUCUCUAUUUGGAUUGGCAAAGCUUUUAAAUGAUUUAUUGCUUCGCAUUUGAGUUUAUAAUUUUCAUUUUUUUCUGUUCCUUUCAGUUCAGAGAGAGAGAAAUACAAUUCUAUAAUUAAUUUAGUGUGAAUAUCAUGAUUAUAUUUAAGAUGCUUUAGAUCAGGAAUAAUUUAAAAUAGUUUAGGUGUUAAGAACAAAAAAAGAUGCAGCAGUUUAAGAGAUAUUGUUAGCUGAUGGACUAAAGAAAUGUCAAAGACCUCUUUUGUGGUCUGAUGUGCUCAUGCAUGUGCAAAGAACUCAAGAAUGUUGUGAAGUGCCUGCUACUUUCCGUCUGACAAGUAGGCCAACAGUGAAUUGACUGAUGGAAAAGUAGAUAAUCAUAUUUCACUCCUCUGAUCAUAAUAAUGACAAUCAAAGCCUUUUUGUCUCAUUGCAAAUUUUACUAAACAGCAAAUGGUACUUGUUUGCACAGUGUGUAUUUGACUCUCUGAAGUUCGGUUUUUAACUUGGUUUCCACUCUUAAGCAAAUCAUCCUCCUUUGCAGUUGUGGUUAUGUUUUCUUCCUUUCUAUAACCUUUUAGAGUGCAUAAAAACAAAGCCACACUGACGUGUUUCUUGUGUUGACUAACAAUGUUGAAUAUAGUUUUAAGUUUUAAAACUUAUGCUGUGUGUUUGCAGAUGAGGAUUUUAUAUAUUAAGUAACAUGCAUGCUGUUUUACUUAUCAUCCAUGUUAAUGUUUUCUUUUUUUUUUUAAUUUUAUUUAGCAUAUCUUGUCUCUGACAAGAGUGUCUCUUGUCUCUAUGUACAAAAUAACAUUGUAGUGUAAAAUGCAACAAAACAUUUGAUUAAAUAAUGGAUACAAUUAUUUUAAACUGCUUUAGGUGG